UUCAUAUUACUACUACAACUUAUAUUGGUAACUUUCGUGGUUAAAGCCUUUAAUAGUGGCGACGAAAAAUUCAUUAAAAAAUAUGCGAUAAUGAAGAUAUACGAAGGAUGUUUUGGUGCCGAUGUAAUUCGACAAAUACGUAAAGAAAUGACAGCUGCAUGUCGAAAAUGUGCUACAAUGCCAGAGCCAGCAAUAAUUUUACCACCGCCCAAUGCGGCACAAGGAGAAUCGCCGAAUCCAUCACAACAGCAACAGCCAACUUCAUCAAGUAUUAAAACCCAGUCACAACAAUCUGCAAAUAUUCCAGCAUCACAACGACCUGGUGAUAGCCUAUUACCAUUAAUCUCAAGUCAGCCUCAUGAAGAAGCCACAAAGCUACACAAUAGCAAUGAAAUUGCUGAUUCAACAAAUCCAUUAAUAAAUCCAAGUACAUUUGAUCCAGAAAAAUUACAUCAAGCUGUAUUGGCAUAUCGACCAAAUCCAUUUCAACAAUCGCCAGUACCAACUCAAUUUCAUCCAUACCAAGGCUAUACUCCACAACUUUAUGGAGGAUUUGCUGGGAAUCCAACUCCAUUUUAUCCAGGCGUAGCAUCUCCAGCAUUUUUACCGCAAUUUCCAGGUUAUCCACAAUAUCCAAAUGCUUUUUAUCCACCUCAAUUCUACAUGAACCAUAAUAAUAGGCAACGAAUGUCGCGUGAAAUGAGUUUACGAGAACAAAUCGAUAGUGUAACAAAUCGUUUCAGUGGACGAGUGCGUAAUGUCACAUGUGUUAUGCAAGAAUUGGGAUAUUUGGAUGAUAAUUUAGAACCAAAUUAUAAUAAAAUUAUUGAACGUAUUUCAAAUUUACCAAUACAACCAGAACUCAAACGAGAUAUGCAAGAUUCAGUAACGUUCUGCCAAAAAUUUUCGCAAUGUAUACCAGAUUUCAAACGUGAAAGUUCACCAUUAUCACGGGAGCUAGUUAAACCAAUGUUCUUCUUCAAUUGUUAUAAACACAAAAAACUUGAAGCAUGUAUAUUAAAAGAUAUUCGAGAUCGUUUCAAUCAAGACUCAGAAACAUCUGAUUUUGAAUCAUUGGCCGAAAGUAUUCGAUCUGAUGAUAAUCGUCAAUUCCGAUCAGCGAAAUCCAUAAAACAAGAAAAUAUCGAUGAAGCACGUGAACAUGAACAGUUAUCAUUGGAAUUAUAUGAAUUUUUAUAUGGAAAUAAUGAGCUUGAUGCAAUGAUUUGAAAAUCUUUAGUUCCUCUAUGAUAAUAUUCGAGAGUUUU